GUUUAAUAAAGUUGCAGUCUUUUUCAUCUUUUCACCAGCUUCAAAAUGAUCAAGUGAACCAAAGCCUGAAAAAGAAAAAAGACCCAACUUUUAUUUCAAAACUCUGAAAUUUACCAAAGAAAACUCUCUCAUUUUUCUACCUCUCUGAAAUGGGAUUUCAGAGAGUGAAGAAAAAUGCAGAAAAGAAAGCCAUUUUCUUGAGAAAGACCCAUUAAGCAGAAGUUUUCUUCAAGUUUUCAGGUAAAGAGAUUCUUGUUUAUUAAGCAUGGGGUGUGAUAUUCAACCUAAUCCCUACAUUAUUUUAAGUUUUUAGACCCAUGACUUAGGAAACAUUCAUGAGAAUCAAGACAUAUUGACAGUCUGUAGAUAUGGACCACAUAGCCUCUCUGAAAAGAAAAAUGCUAAAAUCCCUCAUAAAUGCAUGAGACAAAAGGGUGACCUGAGCGCAGUAUAUGAUUGGGGGGAUUAAUGAAUUGGCAUUGACUCCCAAAGAUUAGUCUGUUUUCAGAGAUGAUCAUCAUUGGGUGCACCAAAAUCCUCCGACCCUUUUUGUAGUUUUGUGGUUUCUGUUCAAGAAAGGGAGCCCCGUGGAGAUGAUCCCCUGCAGUUUCUUGGUAUGAGUCUUGAGGGGUUGAUUGUGUGAUUUUCACAAGUUUUGGGUUGGAAAAUGGGGACAAUGGAGAGUGGGGUGGAGUUGAUGGGAGGCAAUGAGGAGAGAAUUCAUGUGUCGGUGAGGUUAAGGCCGUUGAAUGCUAAGGAAAUCUUGAGGAAUGAUGUUUCAGAUUGGGAAUGCAUCAACGAUGACACAGUUGUUUACAAGAAUGUCAGCCUUUCUGCUUCGGACAGAUCAAUGUAUCCCACUGCCUAUACCUUUGAUAGGGUAUUCAGGACUGACUGCUCCACAAGGGAGGUAUACGAGAAAGGAGCCAAGGAUGUCGCAGUUUCCGUUCUUAGUGGGCUGAAUUCAAGUGUUUUUGCAUAUGGACAAACAAGCAGUGGAAAGACAUACACCAUGACUGGUGUUACCGAGUAUGCGAUAGCCGACAUAUACGAGUACGUACAGAAGCACCCAGAAAGAGAAUUUGUCUUGAAGUUCUCUGCUAUGGAGAUAUACAAUGAAUCUGUGAGAGACCUCCUCAGUGUAGAUAGCACUCCACUAAGACUUUUAGAUGAUCCAGAGAGAGGAACCAUAGUCGAGAAGCUCACCGAGGAGAUUUUACGGGACUGGGACCAUGUGGUUCAGCUCCUUUCUGUAUGUGAAGCUCAAAGACAAAUUGGAGAGACAUCCCUGAAUGAAAUGAGCUCCAGAUCUCACCAGAUCAUUAGACUGACAAUUGAAAGCACCUCUCGUGAGUUCUUAGGCAGGGAAAAUGCGAGCACACUUUCGGCUGCUGUGAAUUUUGUUGAUCUGGCUGGAAGCGAACGGGCAUCUCAAUCAUUAUCAGCUGGCACAAGGUUAAAAGAAGGCUGCCACAUAAAUCGCAGUUUGCUGACACUGGGAACGGUUAUUCGCAAGCUGAGCAAGGGUCGAGGUGGACAUAUACCUUAUAGAGAUUCCAAGCUAACUCGAAUUCUGCAAACAUCACUGGGAGGAAAUGCUAGAACAGCCAUCAUUUGCACGAUGAGCCCUGCACGCAGUCACGUUGAGCAAUCAAGAAACACUCUUCACUUUGCAAGCUGUGCAAAGGAAGUGGCCACCAAUGCGCAAGUUAAUGUAGUCAUGUCGGACAAAGCUUUGGUGAAGUAUUUGCAGAGAGAGCUCGAGAGACUAGAGAGUGAGCUUAGAAGUCCCCAGUCUGCUUUGGCCCAUUCAAAUUAUUCUGCAAUACUGAGAGAGAAAGAUUUGCAUAUCGAGAAGCUUGAGGAGGAAAUUUGCGAUCUUAUUCUGCAACGAGAUAUUGCUCAAUCACAAGUCAAAGAUUUGUUACAAAUGCUUGGAGAUGGUGCAAGUUCCAUGACACAGGUAGGAUUGGGACACUACCCACACUUGCGAGUGCAGAAAUUGCCAGAUACUGAAACCCAAGAACGGGAAACAUCGAUAUUGGCAGAUCCCAUUCCCCACUCCGCAGAUGUUGAUACAAGAAGAUAUUCUGAUGGACACAGUACAACCAGUUCACAGGAUCAAAUUGUUAGAGUUCCGUAUUUUGUUGAGGACUUUGUGCAGAGUAAUGUAUCACCGAGGGUGUUGAUUAGCAGUUCAAACUUUAGUGAAAGUUAUUCAUAUCAUGGUUGGGAGGAAAUUGAAAAACAAAGUAGUGGGAAUUCGGAGGAUCUAUGCAGGGAAGUCCGUUGCAUUGAGACAGAAGACUUGAGUAACAAAGGGGCUAUAGAAUCCAGUUUUGUAUGUGCUGAAGAGAACACUGAGUUCCCUGAAGUAAAAGUGUAUGUAAAAGAACACAGGCAAACUAUGGAAUUGCCAACAACUCCUUUAGAAAUAGAUCAAGGAUUUAAGUCAUCUCCUUUGAAGGAUGAUAGUGAAAUGAAGGAAGGUACAGGGACCGGGGUUGUAACCUCAAAGGAAGACCAAGAACUGAUUCUGGUACCAUUGGAGGAAGUCAAAGAGUCACUGCCUCCUCCUUCUGAGAAAGAGAAAGAACUUAGCUCCAUUCAUUAUCUUGAUACGCGAGCUCUUGAAAAUCUAUCUUUGAGACAUGAACUAGAUCAAGAUUCAUCUGUCAUUAGAAGGUUGAAAUUGACUAAAAGCAGGAGCUGCAAAGCAAGUAUUGCUAACUCAGCUUCUCCGCGGUUCAAGAUAAAGGAUUUCGGUGAGAAUACAUCAUCUUUUGGAUCAGAAAGAGAAUCCGUGUGCUUUGAAAGGAAACUGUCUCCAUUAAGCUUUAGCCCUGAAGUGCAAAGUUUAUCAAGAAACGAUUCUCCAUCUUCACCAGGAAAUGCACUUGAUAUCGAGAUUGACACACCAAAUAUGAAAUUUGCAACUGCAGAGGAUAUCGCUGGCAGCACUACUGACAUGACGGAAAAGGCUGAAUUUCCAACUGAACACGUAUUUAUUACAGAUCCAUCCGGGAAGACUCCAAAGAAGAAUGUCAAAGAUGUUGGAUUAGACCCAAUCGGAGAUGAAUCCGAAGGUCUUUAUAGUUGGCCUGUGGAGUUCAAAAGACUCCAACAAGAAAUACUUGAACUUUGGCAUGCUUGCAACGUCUCACUGGUACAUCGGACCUAUUUUUUCAUGCUUUUCCGAGGUGACCCGUCAGAUGCCAUAUAUCUGGAGGUCGAGUUGAGAAGGAUGAAAUUCUUGAAGGAUAAAUUCUCUCAUGGAGAGAAGACCAUUGUUAAUGGACGGCGUCUCACACUAGCUUCAAGCGAGAAGGCUCUCCGUGACGAGAGACGAACUCUGAGCAAGCGGAUGAUUAGUAAGUUUUCAGAACAAGAAAGAGAGAGCCUCUUCCUAAAGUGGGGGAUCGGUCUCAACACCAAACUUAGGCGGCAGCAGCUGGCUCAACGCUUGUGGAGCAAAACCGAAGAUAUGGAUCACAUUGCGGACAGUGCAUUUCUUGUUGCAAAGCUGGUUGGUUUCAUUGAACCGGGGAAGGCUCCGAACAAAGAAAUGUUUGGUCUUAAUUUUACCCCGCGACGCUCAUCAAGAACGUAUAGUUUCAAGCGCAGCUUGGUGUCCCUCCUGUGAUGUUCUCGACUGAUUAACGUGAUCGGUACUUACGAAUUGACUGUCGUUUUCUUGGUUCUAAUGGGUUGUAGGAACUAAAUGUAUACUUUGAUCAGACUAGGAGUUGGUGGUGUGAAGUUAGGAUCAAUGUCUCCUAUUCUUUAAUGUACAGGAGAUAGAGGGCUUGGAGUUAUAACAUUGAUGAGGAUGAGCUAUUGUUUGUAUAUUCUUUGGCUGUAAUAUGUAGCUUCACUUGCUUGUCUUGAGAUUGUGGAUGUUAGACCUAUAUACUUUAUGUGAAAGUGUGAAUUCGACGACUAUUGUGAAAAGA